CGGCUGCGGCGUCCGAACGCGGCGUCUCGUUUUUCCCGCGAAACUCGGCGGCAGGGUGUGGACGUCCUUGUGUGCCUGGGUCCCGGUAGUGCGGGAACGGGGAGGCGCAGUCAUGUCGGGCUUCGACGACCUCGGCAUCUUCUACAGCGACAGCUUCGGGGGGGACACCGCGGCCGACGAGGGGCAGGCCCGCAAAUCGCAGCUGCAGAGGCGCUUCAAGGAGUUCCUGCGCCAGUACCGAGUGGGCACCGACCGCACGGGCUUCACCUUCAAAUACAGGGAUGAGCUCAAGCGCCAUUACAAUCUGGGGGAGUACUGGGUCGAAGUGGAGAUGGAAGACCUGGCCAGCUUCGACGAGGACCUGGCUGACUACUUGUACAAGCAGCCAGCCGAGCACUUGCAGCUGCUAGAGGAAGCUGCCAAGGAGGUGGCUGAUGAGGUGACCCGGCCCCGGCCCACGGGCGAGGAGGUGCUCCAGGACAUUCAGGUCAUGCUCAAGUCGGAUGCCAGCCCAUCCAGCAUUCGUAGUCUCAAGUCGGACAUGAUGUCGCACCUGGUGAAGAUCCCUGGCAUCAUCAUCUCGGCGUCCGGGGUCCGCGCCAAGGCCACCCGCAUCUCCAUCCAGUGCCGGAGCUGCCGCAACACGCUCAGCAACAUCGCCAUGCGCCCGGGCCUGGAGGGCUACGCCCUGCCUAGGAAGUGCAACACGGACCAAGCCGGGCGCCCCAAGUGCCCACUGGACCCAUAUUUUAUCAUGCCUGACAAGUGCAAGUGUGUGGACUUCCAGACCCUCAAGCUGCAGGAGCUGCCUGACGCAGUGCCUCAUGGCGAGAUGCCCAGACACAUGCAGCUCUAUUGUGACAGGUAUCUGUGUGACAGGGUUGUCCCUGGGAACAGGGUCACCGUCAUGGGCAUCUACUCCAUCAAGAAGUUUGGCCUGACUUCCAGCAGGGGCCGUGAUAGGGUGGGUGUGGGCAUCCGGAGCUCCUACAUCCGUGUCCUGGGCAUCCAGGUGGACACAGAUGGCUCUGGCCGCACCUUUGCCGGGGCCGUGACCCCUCAGGAAGAGGAGGAGUUCCGGCGCCUGGCCGCCCUCCCCAAUGUCUACGAGGUCAUCUCCAAAAGCAUCGCUCCAUCCAUCUUCGGGGGCACAGACAUGAAGAAGGCCAUCGCCUGCCUGCUGUUUGGGGGUUCCCGAAAGAGGCUCCCCGACGGACUCACCCGCCGAGGAGACAUCAACCUGCUGAUGCUGGGGGACCCGGGCACGGCCAAGUCCCAGCUGCUGAAGUUUGUGGAGAAGUGCUCUCCCAUAGGGGUGUACACCUCUGGGAAAGGCAGCAGUGCGGCCGGCCUGACAGCCUCAGUGAUGAGGGACCCUUCGUCCCGGAACUUCAUCAUGGAAGGCGGAGCCAUGGUCCUGGCCGAUGGGGGGGUCGUCUGUAUUGACGAGUUUGACAAGAUGCGGGAAGACGACCGAGUGGCGAUCCAUGAGGCCAUGGAGCAGCAGACCAUCUCUAUAGCCAAGGCUGGGAUCACCACCACUCUCAACUCCCGCUGCUCCGUCCUGGCUGCCGCCAACUCGGUGUUCGGUCGCUGGGAUGAGACGAAGGGGGAGGACAACAUCGACUUUAUGCCCACCAUCUUGUCCCGCUUUGACAUGAUCUUCAUCGUCAAGGACGAGCACAAUGAGGAGAGGGAUGUGAUGCUGGCCAAACACGUCAUCACUCUGCACGUGAGUGCACUGACCCAGACCCAGGCCGUGGAGGGUGAGGUUGACCUGGCCAAGCUGAAGAAGUUCAUUGCCUACUGCCGAGCGAAGUGUGGCCCCCGGCUGUCGGCAGAGGCCGCAGAGAAACUGAAGAACCGGUAUAUCAUCAUGCGGAGCGGAGCCCGUCAGCAUGAGCGGGACAUCGACCGCCGGUCCAACAUCCCCAUCACCGUGCGGCAGCUGGAGGCCAUCGUGCGCAUCGCCGAGGCCCUCAGCAAGAUGAAGCUGCAGCCCUUCGCCACGGAGGCCGACGUGGAGGAGGCUCUGCGGCUCUUCCAGGUGUCUACGCUGGACGCUGCCUUGUCCGGCACUCUGUCAGGGGUGGAGGGCUUUACCAGCCAGGAGGACCAGGAGCUGCUGAGCCGCAUCGAGAAGCAGCUUAAGCGCCGCUUUGCCAUCGGCUCCCAGGUGUCCGAGCACAGCAUCAUCCAGGACUUCACCAAGCAGAAAUACCCGGAGCACGCCAUCCACAAGGUCUUGCAGCUCAUGCUACGACGGGGCGAGAUCCAGCAUCGCAUGCAGCGCAAGGUCCUCUACCGCCUCAAGUGAGCCCCCGCGGCCCCAUGGACUUGCCCAGGCCUCCUGCGCGUCGCCCCUCCCGCCCCCUGGAGCCUCCCCCCGGCCCUGGGGACGUCGCUGUCCUCUGCCUCGCCACUGGCAUCUUGAAAUGCCCCCUGUGCUCCCCCCUCUUCCCCCCCAGUGCAGGGGGCCCCAGCUGCCCCCAAGGAAGGAACUUUCUGCCUGCCUUGCUGCCUCUGGGCAUCUGCUUAUGGUGCAGGGCCAGGAGAUGUGCUUUGGAAGAUUGUGGAACUAAUAAAGCCGUGAUGUGUGUGCAC